AAUGGUUAGGGUUGCGGUUGUGUUCAGUUCAGCCUAGUCGAGAAAUAUACGAAAUCUGUGGAAGGGAAAAACAGGCGAGAGAGAGAGAGAGAGAGAGAGAGAGAGAUCCAGAGAGGGCCGAUGGAGGUGGAAGGAUCAUCGAAGAAGAUGAUAGCAACGCAGCAGGAGAUGGUGGAUGCAAAGGUUCCUUUGCCUUACAGAGACCAAUGUGCUCACCUCCUCAUCCCUCUCAACAAAUGCAGGGCUUCGGAGUUAUAUCUCCCUUGGAAAUGCGAGGACGAGCGCCAUGUCUACGAGAAGUGCGAGUACGAGCUCGUUAUGGAGAGAAUGCUCAAGAUGCAGAAGAUCCGAGAGGAACAGGAGAGGUUGAAGCAGCAACAGAAGCAGGGGAUCCCUCUAAUUCCCAACACUGCCAAUGUUUAACAGGGUUCCAGGGAUACGCAAGUGAUGCUGUGGGAGUCUGAUGUUAUUAUACCAUCUUUCGUGGGGACUGUUUUGCAAAGCAAUUGCUCGCAUUUCUUAUUUUUCUGUUAUUAGUUGCAUCCAAGACCUUCAAUUUCAGUGGUUAGAAUAAAGUUCAUCGAUGACAGGGUGGCAUGAUUUUAAUGUUGAACUAUUUAUGUUCAGCAGUGAAGAGUACUUUUGGUGGGCAAACUGGUAUUGUGUGGUAUCUGCAUCCAUUCACUGUUGUCAAGUAGCUUGCAUGACCCUGAACUGUUUUAACUUUUAAGGGAAAAAGUUUAAGCCCAGACUUUUAAUUCACAAAUCACAAUACAGUUCAUACUGCUUUCAGUAAUCAAAAAGAGUGGUUAUUUGCAUGUUAAA